GCAACAGAUAUGUGGGAUAAAAUUCAAAAUCGGGGGGCACUCCCAGAUAGUGGGAGGAAGGUAGCAAGGGUAAUUAUGUUGAGGUGGAGAAUCAUGUUGAGGAAGAAUGAGAGCACUCCAGAAGAAGUUACAACGACAACACUAACAUGCUUGGUAUUACAUAAUAUUUGCAUUGCAAAGGGAGAUGCCAUUCUUGCUACACUGGAUGUUACUUUUAACCAAACCACCAAUGCAAGGAAAUCCGGUGAAGAAAUUCGAGAUGAACUCCACAUGACGGAAGUGUAG